GUGUCCGGCGAGCUGUCCAAUGACGGCCAACCGAUGCGCAAGUUCUUGCAGACGUUUGUAUUGGCGCCGCAAUCGUCCACAAAGUAUUACGUGAAGAACGAUAUCUUCCGCUAUCAGGACGACAUCUUCGUCGACGACGACGACUAUCCCGAUGUGGACAAGAGCUCCGACACCGUAGGCUUAGAUAAGCCCGAAGUGCCCUCACUCAAGCCCGUCGACACCCGCGACGGCCCCAUUCUCUCGACCCCCAGCGCUACCACCACUGGCGGCGACGUCCGUGAGUUGAAUCCCGUCGCUCCGACCGGUGGUAACGCCGUAAUCGGCGGCACCGAUAGCUCGGCCACCGAUUUGUACGGGAAUACCAACGGCUCGCUUCACGACGCCGUCGACCCUCACGUGGAGAGCAAUGAAGUGUCUGAAGAGAAGGUCAAUGAAUUGAAUCGGACGGACACUAUCGAGAGCGAGCCAUACCUGACCGCCAACGAUGACAACACGUCGGCGUCGCCCCUCCCGGCGCUAAGCGAAGUGACGGUCAAGAGUUACGCCAAUAUGGUGAAGAACCCCAACUACAUCCCGACCUACGCCUCCCAAUCGGCGUAUCAGCCGUCGAAGGUGUUGGAGACCACAACAGCGCCCGCACUAUCAGCCGGUCCUCCCUUUCCCCGACCUGUCGAGUCGUCGCCCAUCCCUCCGAUGAGCGCCACUACUGUCGGCAAUAACAACUUCAACGCUCCCAUCAAUACGGCGUCUUCGGUAACCGGGAAACCGCCGAACAAUCUUAACAACAACGCCGGCGGUAACAACACCGGUAGUGGCGGUCCUCCCCGUGGUGUCGAUCCGCGCGACCAACGACCCGGUCGUCCCAUUCGUAACCCGCAACCGUACAAUCGCCGGACCGACUCGCGUGAGAUGACUCCCGGCCGCAGCGGUCCGUCCGGCGACUCGGACUCAGCCGACGGCGAGUAUCGCGAGAAGAAGCAGUUCCCGGACGAAAAUCAAGUGUUUGUGGGAAACCUUCCGCAUAACAUCGUUGCGGAGGAAGAUCUGCGCAAAUUGUUCUUAAAGUACGGCAAUAUAGUGGACGUGCGGAUCAACAGACAGAACCAGAAUCGGGGCCCAACCACUCCCAACCCCAACCUCAAGACACCCAACUAUGGCUUCGUUACGUUCGAGAGUCCAGACAUCGUCCAGAAUAUCCUCCGACAAAAGCCGAUUUACUUCGAUAACCAUCGAUUCAAUGUCGAGGAAAAGAGAUCCCAAACCGGAAGGGGUUCCAUGGGUUACGAUCGCAACUUUAACCGCGGUUCGGGUCCGCCCAUGCGAAUGGAAGGCGGCGGCGGUGGUGGCGGCCGACCAAACGACGGCCGACCGCCGGGAGUGGGACCCGGAAUGGACCCAAACAGAAUGCGUCCGUCAAACGAUCGCAUGGGUGGCGGUAAUCCUCGGCCCAGAAAUCAGUACAACUCGGGCGGCGGCGGAAUUGGUGGACCGCGUGGUCCCGGAGGGCCUGGAAGUGGGGGCCCGGGAGGCGGCGGCUAUAACCGCAACAAUUCAUUCAAUAACAACAACAACCGUCAGCCGCGUUAAUACCCAUUCAAACCGUGUCUAUCAAUGAGUUCUUCGUUAAGACCCAUCGCUAAUAAUAUUCAAAACAAAAAAUUCAAAAAAUGUAUUUAAAAAAAAUUACAAAACAAAAUAACAUUAUUAUAAAAAAUACCAAAAGUUUUAUUCACUGAGAAAAACAAAUACAACUCUCAUUCGCCUUCAACUGAGAUAUAAUUUGUAAUAAAUAUUAUUAUUAUAAGUAAAAAUUGAUAUAUAAAACGACGUGGACUUAAACUAAUGGCGCUUCUUCUAUGUGUGUGUGUUUUAUACCCGGAAUAUGACCUGAAAAAUGAGAUGAUAAUAAUGGCCGCUAUAUUAGUAGUCAUUUGAUGUCAUGUGAGACAAAUGGUGCGUUCAGUACAAGACAUCCUCUGAGACAUACACACCAACGCUUAAAAUCACUCUUAAUUAGUCUUUUUGUUAAAACUACUGUAAAUGUAAUGAAUUUUAUUUAAUUGUUUGUAUGUUUUGUUUUCUCUGUCACCAGAUAUAUAGUGAUUGUCUUCACACACACUGUUAUAUAUGUGUACCGUUUCUUCACACAUGUCUUCACAGAUCAUAAGAUUAGUUGUUUCUAAUAAUUAUGAUUAUUAUUAUUUCUUCUAAUGUUUAGUUCUCUCUAUUAUUAUUAUAAUUAUUAUAUUUAUUUCAAUUUCAAUGUCCUUUUUUGUGUCAUUUUUUAUUUCCUUUUCAUAUGGUUUUAAUCGCAAGAAACAAAUCAAUUGUAAAUACGAUUUUAAUAAUUAGUUAACAAAUUUUUCUUUUGUGAAAAAAUACAUUUUUAAAUACAAUAAUACAAUUACUUUCUGAAACAAUAACACAAUUGUCACAUGAAAUUUAUAUACUGUAUAAUAAGCGAGAGUCUGAAGGACUUGUUGACUGUUUUUUUGUAAACAUUUAAUUUUGUUUUUAAUUGUGUAACCGAUGGGACAGUUAUCAUGAAUAUUGUGAUAAGUAGUCAUUCACCCGCUUAUUCCCGGCAACCCCUUAACCCUCGUUACCCCCUCUGCCCCCACCCCUCCCACACACACAGACACGCAUACACUUACACUAUAAACGCGAACAAACACUUGAAAUAAUUUUAAAAACUUGAAAACAUAUUGAAUUUAGUAAUGAAAAUGUUUGGAUCAGUUGUUGUGAUGACAAACAACCGCUUAAAUACCUUCUUUGUUACCACAACUCUGGUUUCUAAACACUGUUUUUUUAUACGGCAUAUGAUUUACUAGUGAUCUCUCUCUCUCUCUCUCUCUCU